CGAGCGGUCAGUCAAACGGAUUGCGCCCGACGGAUGCCCGAACCCCGACGCGCGCUCUAUACUCAAAACAAAACAGCGAACAGCGAAAUCAAAGCUGAUCGCUUUUGAGAUCAUUUACCGUGCUAGCUGGCUGGCUGGCAGCAAUGUAAAUACAAAUAAGCAGUUAAUGCUCGACGGCUGCUGGCGAGAAUAACUACUAUGCUCGGCGCGAAUUGGAGACAAGACUCGUUGAGGUAUUGAUUACACAUGCGACGCAUUUAAAAUGAAAGUGCACGCGCGCGACUCGAAAUAUUCGUUCAACUUCAAAAUAUUCAAAUUACAUAACGACAAGAAAUCAACCACACAUGCCUCGCUGGCUUCGACCGCCAAUCCGUCAACACAAAUGAUCUCCACUAAGAAAAAUUCAUGGCGCGCUUCGUGGCGCGCCGCCAUUGGAGUCGGUAACAAAGCCAAAUCCAUCAGCAACUCCGGCAACUCUAACAACAACAGCAACAACAACAAUAGUAAUAAUAAUAAUAAUAACGUAAAUGAGGGCAACUCGCAGUCAUCGUCGACGAACGAUAAUUGUUUAAUUGAAACAUGCAAUCAGCCCAAAAUGAAUCCCGCCAAACACAUCCCUAACAUUGAUGAUUUAAUGUCGAUGCCAUGGUUUGGCAUGGAUAUCGGCGGGACACUCACAAAAUUGGUCUACUUUGAGCCAAAGGACAUAACGCCCGACGAGCAGGAUUGCGAGGCUGGCAUUUUACGCAACAUCCGACGAUAUUUGACCAGAAACUCUGCGUAUGGCAAAACCGGCCAUCGUGACACGCACUUGCAGAUGGACAAUGUUGAGAUCAGAAAGCGUCGGGGUUCUCUGCAUUUUAUACGCUUCCAGACGACAGAUAUGGGCAACUUUCUGUCACUGGCCAAGCAGAAGGGCAUGGCCGAGCUGGUAACAACGGUUUGUGCCACUGGCGGUGGGGCUUUUAAGUUUGAAAAGGAUUUUCGGGAUCAGGUGAACAUGAAACUGGCCAAGUUCGAUGAGCUGGACACGCUCAUCAAGGGCAUACUCUUCGCCGAUAUGCACAAUUUUACUGAAUGCUAUUACUAUGAGAAUGCGCGAGAAAUUGUUAAAAGCGAGAAGCGGGCCUUUAAUUUCUCGCAGCCGUUUCCUUUUAUCCUGGUGAAUGUCGGUUCAGGUGUUUCAAUACUGGCAGUAUAUGGGCCGGACAACUAUAAACGCAUUUCGGGCACAAGCUUGGGCGGUGGAACAUUCCUGGGUUUGUGUUGCCUGCUUACCGGCUGCACGACAUUUGAGGAAGCCAUACAAUUGGCCACAAAGGGUGACAAUCGGAAGGUGGACAAACUGGUCAAGGACAUCUACGGCGGUGACUAUAAUCGGUUUGGCUUGCCCGGCGAUUUAGUGGCUUCCAGCUUUGGCCAGAUGCAUCUAAACGACAAACGCUGCUCGGUAUCUAGAGAGGAUCUGGCGAAUGCCACGCUCGUCACCAUUACCAACAACAUAGGCUCCAUAGCACGAAUGUGUGCACUAAACGAGAAGAUCGAUAGGGUCGUUUUUGUAGGCAACUUUUUACGCGUUAAUCCCAUUUCAAUGAAAUUACUGGCGUACGCUAUGGAAUUCUGGUCGAAUGGCACCAUGAAGGGCCUGUUCCUGGAACAUGAAGGCUACUUUGGAGCUUUGGGCUGCCUGCUGCAGUUCAACGGCGAACUGGCAGCGGCGCUUAGCGAGAGCCUGGAUCAUUCACAGCCGCCAAGCGCGAACACAACGCCAACACAACCAACUGACGCGGAGACGUCCACAGAAUGCCCAGCCGCAGCGGACAAGCCAAAUGACAGCACAACCAGAUAGUCGUUCCCUUAAAGUGAAUAUCAAACUGUAUCAUAGUGGUUGUGCAUCUACAACAAACGGAAGAAGGCAACAGAGGGAAUGACAAAUAGAUGCAGUGGGUGCAUUUUCUCGCUAUUAACAAUAUUUUUUCUCUUGGAUUAAGUUUACACAAUUUUAGAGGAUGCACAAAUUGUAAUUGUAUGAAAUAAAAAAAAAAAAAAAAACAAAAAGAACGGAUAAAGUGCCUGUUAAAAAACGCAACAAAAUUAAGGCUUCAAAAUAUGCUGCUAAAUAACUUGUAUGAUAUGUGAACACAACUUGAUGCCAAAUAUCAGCACAUUUCAGUUGUUAUUCUUGGAUGCAGAUAGCUCGGUAACUUUGUUUCCAAAUCCAUAUAUAAGUAAGCACACAUAGAUAUAUUAAAGUAUUACCAUUUAUUUGAACGCAUCAACUGAUAACUCUUAAAGUAUUUAAAUUUUAUAUGGCAUAUACAACAUGUAUUUGUGUGCGAUAUGAAAUUGAUAUAUUUUCAGAGCGGCUCAUUUUUAGCAGCCAGCCUCGGUUGCAAUUCAAAUAUUGCUCACAUAACACAAUAAACAGCAAGCGAUAAUAAAUACGCAUAACAACA